UUCUUCUUGCUCGCGUGCAAUUGGAGCGGUGUGCGCUAGAACGUGUGCACGGGAAGGAGCUGAGAAGAGAGGAGGAGGGCGUGAGUUGUAGCGACGAUGCUUAGCCGUGUUGCGAACGCCGGGGCGAGGGGAGCGCUGCGGGCGCGCUUGCCCGUCGCUUCCGCUGGCGGACGCGCCCGGGUACCACCGCUGAUCCAGCCUGCCUUCCAGAGCUUUCACGCGGGUCUUCCCAGCAGGGAAUCGGCGGUAGACAAGCCGGCACCUUCGAGGGCAGAGGAUAUCGAGGCGAACAAGAACGCCAAGCUUUUCGGCGACAACCCUCGUCUUGAGUGGAUGAUCGAAGCGGGCAAGUUGGAUAGCGCGAAGCGGCUGGUUCCAUUCGCUCUCUUCCUGACGGUCCCGGCCUUGUGCCGCGAGUGGUACGUGAUGACGGAGGAGACGAUGCUCAUGGGAUGCUUCUUCCUCUUCAUUGGCGCCGCCAUGGACUUCGGCGGGGAGGGUAUCGGAAAGUACUUUGACGACCAGACGGCGGAGAUCAAGCGUGCGCAGCAGUCGGCCGAGGAGGAGCAGAUCAAGCGAGUGACCGAGGACUUGGCGACCGAGAAGGCUCGCCUGGUGGAGAUGCAGCAGAUGGAUGCCAUCAGCAAGGCCAUCGCGUACGGCAACACGCGCAGGAAGGAAGCGGAGGCCAUGGCGGCGCCACACAUGAGCCGCGAGUCCACGGUGAAGUUGCUGGAGGCCCUCAAGGGCGCCAAGAUUAAGCGUGUGGCGGACCUCCGCAACGCCGAGAUCGCCACGGCGCUCACGGAGGUGGUGGCUAAGGUGUCGGCUGACAAGAAGCUGAAGAAGGCCGCCCUCGACAACGCCCUGGUGACCCUCGCAGACCCCAGCAAGGCGGCCAAGGUGGACCCCGUCAGCGAGGUGUUCGCGCAGUACUGGAAGCAGAAGGCCAUCGACACCGAGAAGAACAAAAACAAGCCGGUCGCCUUGACCCCGGAACAGAUCGCCGCCAACGAGGCCGACAUCCGGUCCCUUUGCGAGAAAGUGGGCCAGGACCCUGCCAUGCUGCUGGCCAGCAUGCCCAAGACCUACACGGCUGACACACCCACUCUCUUCAGCUAGACGACGACGACGACGAUGACGACCUCUCGCAAAGUGGAUGACGCUUGUAGUCGGGUGGGCGCAUUAGGUCGCUAGCAGCGUUUAUCGUUCGGAUGGGAUUUAGCACACGGUGAUAGUUUUUUCCGUGGUGGUCCAUCAGUUAGGAGGGGGAAUCAGUGUCGCCUGCAGCAGCAGCAGCAGCAGCCACGUCUGAUUUUGGUGGUGGGAGGCAGGCUCACCCUUCCUUUUUCACGUCCUUGUCGUGCGGGGGAUGUGCUAAUAUCGUUGUGGCGGAAAAGUACGGUUAGUCCGGGCCGUGUGUCGGAGCUUCUUUACUCGUCGGCGACUAGCGGAAAAAAGUACGGGUGAGCACGCUUUUUUUUGUUUUGCCCAAAUGCAAGCGGGGGCCUAGAUUGUGGGGCGCUUCGGAAACAUGAGGAACAGGAAUGGGGUAUAGGGGGGGGUCGCAGUGUAGUUGCGACAGAGGAGAAGCGAGGAGGGGAGGGGGUGGGCUUGGGGGCCCCGUCACCUGGCAGGUUGGAAAGUAAUCACGAAAGCCUGCUUUCCUUCGAAGCCGUCUCGCAGUGUACACACCCCUAUCUUAUUCCCAUCUCCGUUAUCGAACUCGCGAAUCAUGAAGGAGCCAGAUGCAUGGACAUCUGGAUCCACGGAGCGGUACCUUCUUGCUUUGGUAGUCUCGAAACGCCGUCCUGUGUUGAGCGGGGCACUCGAGCGCGCCGUUAAGCCGACUGACUUCAACAAUAGGCACGUAAUCGUACGUUGGAGCUAACAAUAGCGGUGGUACUCGCUCCACGCUUUUCCGUGGUUUACAAGGCACGAGUUGGUUACAGUAGGUUUUCACACCUUCACGUGCGCUCGCACACCCCAUUCUAGACCUGUCGUUCGU